CACCUCUGCCGGCUCUCCUCUAUAAAUACUGCUCGUGUUAUUCUAGCUGAUGAAUUGCAUGCUGUUUUCAUACCAGGCCAAGGAGAUCGAUAGAUCUAGUAUGGCAGCAUGUAUACUUGAUCAUCAAUAGGACCAACAAGCAAUUUGUAGGAGGAAAAAUUAUAAGAUCGAGAUCAUCAUCAGCAUGCUAUUGCAGAGAGCGAUGGAAAGUAGUCGUGGUGGCAGUGAUGAUCAUGAUCCGGUGCUCCCGCCGGGGUACCGGUUCUACCCGACGGAGGAGGAGCUGCUGGGCUUCUACCUCCGCCACCGCCUCGCCGGCACCAGGCCCCAGGUCGAGCUCUUCAUCCCCGUCGUCGACAUCUACAACCACCAUCCCUCCGAGCUCCGGGCGAUGGCCGGGGCCGCGAACGUGGGCGACAAGGAGCAGUGGUUCUUCUUCUGCCCGCGCGCGGAGCGGGAGCUGAGCGGCCGGCGGCCGGCGCGCACCACGCCGUCGGGGUACUGGAAGGCCACGGGGUCGCCGUCCUACGUCUACUCCGCGCCGCCGGCCAGCCGCGCCAUCGGGGAGAAGCGGACCAUGGUCUUCUACGAGGGCCGCGCGCCCACGGGCGCCAAGACCCGCUGGAAGAUGAACGAGUACAAGGCCGUCGACGGCGACGACGCGCCGCCGCCGCCGCCGGGGGCACCCGCCGUCAGGGUACGUAUACGUGCUGCAUGUACGCGCGAUUUGUUGAUUAAUUUUGUUGCUCAUUUAUGACGACGACGA